AUGGCCGCUGACAGCGCUCCACUUGCCGAGAAUGGCCACGGCUCCUAUUCUGGGCAACAACUCGUGCUGAUCCUCAGCAUCGUGACCUUGCUCGGCCUCGCCAUCUACAACUCCAUCGAGCUGGUCGUCCUCAUUCUCUGUACAUUCAAACACUGGCGCGGCCUCUACUUCUGGAGUUUGCUGCUGAGCGGCUUGCUCGGCGUGGUGCCACAGGCGAUCAGCUUCCUACUAAAGGAUAUGGCCCUGGCGCCACUAUGGUUUUCACUGACUCUCUCCACGAUCGGCUGGUAUUUCAUGGUCACCGGCCAGGCAGUCGUGCUUUACUCUCGUCUCAAUCUCCUGGUCACUGAUACCAGAGUCCUCAACCGCGUCUUGAUCAUGAUCAUCACCAAUGCAAUUAUUCUCCACGUGCCCACGACCAUCCUCACUUAUGGUUCUAAUUUCGUCAACACAAAUAAUGCCGUCUGGCAACACGCCUACGACAUCAUGGAGCGCAUCGAGCUAGUCGGCUUCUCCGUGCAAGAGAUGAUCAUCUCUUACCUCUACGUCGUGCAGGUCAUCCGAAACCUGACUAUCGUCCCCCAAGGAUCUCGCAUUCACAAGGCCCAUCGCAAAACCCUCCACUACGUCCUCGCCAUCAACAUCUUUCUCAUCCUCCUGGACGUGGUCCUCCUCGUCAUGGAAUUUACCAAUCGCUACACCAUCCAAACGGCCCUAAAGUCACUGGUCUACAGCAUCAAGCUGAAGCUUGAAUUUGCGGUUCUCAACCGCCUCAUUUGUCUUGUCAGGCCGGAGCAAGUCACUUCAGACGACUACUGGCAACCCUCACCAAGUCCGAGUCCAAGGACCCAGAAUGGUCUGGGCCAUGAGUUGACGGACUUUGGGGGCUUUUCUCGAGUCGAGUCUUGUGAUACGGUGCAACUGAGGAAUCCUAGGUCACAGGUGAUCAGGAUUAAUAAGGCGUUUGAAUAA